UACUAUAACCCCCGAAGAACAGAUGCACUUAUGAAGCAUGGAAUUUAUUACUUUAACAAAUCAAAUUGGUUUACUUCUAUUAAUGAUUUUACAGAUGUGAUUAAAAUAGAUCCAAACAAUGCAGAGGCAAGAACUUUUCGAGGAAGAGCCUAUAUGAAACAAGGGGAGUACAAAAAAGCAGCUGCUGAUUUCUCUGCUGCAAUACACUUGGACCCUUGCAACUGGAUGGCGUUCUACUACAGAGGCUGCAUUUUGAGAAAGGUUGAUCCAAAGCAGGCUCUUCAGGACUUCAGUAUUUCUGUUCUUCUCAAUGAUGAUUUUGAAAAUCUUAGUUGUUUCAUUCACCGUGGCAUCUUGUAUACAGAAAUGGAACAGUGGAUACUGGCAAUCUGUGAUUUUGAAAGUGUAGUUGCUUUGGACAGGAGUCUUACUUUGCCUUAUGUAAAUAUUGGACUGAUCAUGCUGUUACAUUUGGAUCGUUAUUUUGAAGCUGUUGGACAGUUCACUAGUGCCAUUCAGAUGGAUCCUUUAGAUACUAGGCCAUAUUUGUGCAGAGCUCAGGCAUAUCACAAGAUUCACAAAUUGAAUGAUUCAUUGAAAGAUGUAACUAGAGCCAUUCAUCUCCAGCCGAACUCACCCCGUUUAUGUUUAAUGAGGGGACAAUAUUUGCUAGACAUGAAGAAGUAUGAACUAGCACAUUUUUGCUUACGCCAAGUAGCAGAAAUGGGCCAAGGAUCCUUUGAAUGUUCCAUUGUUCAAGAAGCCCUUGUUCAGUCAUUCUGUCAGAAUCAUAAUAGGGCCAUUGAGUGUGCACUUACAGCUACAAAGAAGCAACCUGAGCCUUCCACAUUUGUUCUCCUGGGGAAAAUCCAAAUGAAAGCCAAAAAGCACAAGGAUGCUGUGGCUAGUUUUAAGGAAGCAUUGAAACUGCUUAUGGGCACUGGAAAAACAGUGCCAUGUACGUUUGAGGCUGCAGAAAUGUAUUAUUUUAUAGGCCAAUGCUACAAGGAACGUAUUUUAUUAAUAGAGGCCUGUGAUGCUUUCUCCACUGCUGUCAAAUUGUAUCCGCGUUAUGCUGAUGCGUUUUAUGAGCGAGGACUAUGCAGAAUGCAGCUCCAGCAAGAAAAAUGCAUAUUAGAUUUUAACAAAGUGCUUGCUAUUUCACCAAAACAUUUUCAGGCAUAUUUAAGCCGUGCUGCUUUCUUUGGAAGUAAACAAAGAUAUUCUAAAGCAAUAAUGAACUGUACUGAAGCAAUCAAAAUUCAUCCUAACAGUGUGAGAGGUUAUCUCUACAGAGGAACACUGAAGAUUUACAAUAAGACUUACAAAAAUGCUGUUGAAGAUUUAGAUAAAACCAUAGAACUGGACAAUAUUUGCAUUUUGGCCUAUUACAACAGGGGAGUCUGUUACCAUCAGAUGAAGGACUACAAAAAUGCUUUGAAAGAUUACAGUAUUACUCUUCUUCUUGAGCCAAACAAAGACAUUACCUUGAAAGUGUUUAUUAACCGGGCACUAAUCUAUGCUGAACUGGAUCAAUAUGCUAAUUCAUUGGAGGACUUUACAGAGGCAGCACUGAGGAACCCAAAAAAUGGUCAACUCUUCCAAGCUCUUGGCAUCUGCUAUCACAGGCUUCAAAGGUACGAAGAAGCUGUGAAGUCAUUUUCUACGGUGCUUAAAUUGAAUCCUUUUUCUCUGGAUGGCUAUAUUGGACGAGGGAAUUCAUACAUGGAAUAUGGUCAUCUGGCUGGUUCAGAACAGGCCCAGAAAGAGUUCUUGAAAGCCAUACAUUUGAAUCCAUUAUGCAUAAAGGCCAGACUUUGCUUAGGAUACAACUUACAGGGUCUUGGAAAGUUUCAAAAAGCUUGGCACCAGUUUUCAGCAGCAAUUCAAAUUAAUCCAGGAUGUCAUAUUGCCUAUGAUGGGCGUGCAAUAGUUUGUCUUCAGAUGGGUGACACAUUUGCUGCCUUUCAAGAUAUAAAUGCUGCACUAAAGGUUACUGCCAGUGCAGAACUCCUUACAAAUCGAGGUGUCAUUAAUCAUUUUAUGGGAUAUUUAAGCUGUGCCAUGAAAGACUAUCAGCGGGCAGUCAUGGUUGAUCCUGAUUAUGCUUUAGCAUAUUUCAAUGCAGCAAAUCUUUACCUUCUUAAAAGGCAAUUUUCACAGGCAAGAGACUACUAUUCUAAGGCACUGAUUCUGGAUGCAACAAAUGAAUCUGCAUUUUUGAAUCGAGCUAUUGCAAAUACACUAUUGAAAAACUUUGAGGAAGCAAAAGCCGAUUUUGAGGAGGCAGUCUGUCUCAGCCCUUUCUCUGCUGCAAUUUAUUAUAACAAAGCAAACCUCUACAACACAUUAAAGCAAUAUCAACAGGCUGAAGAGGACAUUUCAAAAGCUCUUGCAAUUCAGCCUUAUGAUUCUCUGAUGUAUAAACUUAGAGCUGAUAUUCGUGGCAAACUAGGUUUCCUUAAAGAAGCUAUUGCUGAUUACAAGAAAGCUAUCAAUAUCCAAGAACUUAUCUUCACAGGGUGAGAAACUUUUAAGUACAUGUAAUAGCUUACGUUACACUGAUUUUUCUAGUUCCAUCUUUUUGCUACUGUCUGUAUUUUUGUCACUAAUGUAUUACAUUAGUGUAUUACAUGUAUUACAUUUAACUUUAUUUGUAGUUGAACUUCUGAUUGUAUUUUUAUUUGUGUAAUUGAAGAAGAAAAACGUAAGACAGAAGAAUAACAAUGUAAAAGACAAGCAGAAAAAUUUGUACUUUGUUCUUAGAACUAUAUUUACUGAGCUUAUUUUGAGAUAAUUUUUGUAUUCAAGUUGCUUUUUAUCUAUUUUUUGUCUUGAGGGGGUGACUGUUUCUAGUAUUGUGUUGUAGUACUGGUUUUUUGUUUAUUUUCAGUGCUACAAUUUACAAGCUUCCUUGAAUGUAUGGAGGAGGCAAGAUAUAGAUGUCUGUACAAAUAAAAUUAAAAGUGUAUCAUCUGAAAUAUAGUUUAUACUGCUCUAUAUAUGCUAUAAUUGGUAGUAAAGUUUGUCACAAUCCUGCAGUCUGAUGUUGUUAUGGAAGUGAAGUGUGAAAAGAAGGGCAGCAAUCAUUUUGGGCUUUGUAUUGAAUUUAGUUUUUAAAUUUGCAAAAAAAAGGGGGUGAGUAGGACAAACCUCUAUAACAACAGGAAAAAACUAAAGGUUUCUGAUUUGAAAUUAAUUAUAGAAACCAGUGUAAAAACACCUUAAUCCUUAACAGAAUGAAUGUUAAAGCAUAUAGUGAAUAUACCAUAAUAUCACAUCCAAAUAAUUCAUGCAGCAUCCACACAUUGUAGUGGCCAAUUUCCAAUCACAAACGCAAUAAGGAAUAAUAAAAAUUACAGUUCACAGCAAUGCACUAUAAUAACCCAAGAACAGUCAAGAACAAAAUAUAUUACUGUAUAAUAAUUGCAUUUUUAUAUAAUUCUGUAUAAUUGCAUUUAUAAAUUAGAAAUUUCAAGUAUUUUAUAGUUUUCCUGUUCUUCAAUUUGUGCCUUUCCUUUUGAUGUUGUAAUAUUACAUCAUCGUUGUGUCAGAUUCUUGCAUUUGCAGAGCUUAAAAACCCACCUAAGCAGUAAUAAAACUAAUAAAACUAAGUUCUGCUUAUUCUCUGAAACUGCCCAGAUGUUGUUUUACAAUAUUAGAGUUGCACUAGUUGAAGGUUUUCAUUGUUCUUGUGUGUAUGUUUGAGUUUACACUACUAAAGGUGCCUUGCCCCACUGGAUUUUGUAGAUACUACCUCUGUCUGGGGUAUAGGAUUGCACUUUCAGAUCUCAUUGAGUGUUUCAUUGGAGACACUUCAUUUUACCUGAAAGAAUUUCUACAUAGGAAUAUUAUGUAUAACAAUCUGUAUUAUGAAACCAAUAAUAAAACUCUACUCCGUAGCUCUUAUUCUAUAAUCUGUGUAGGAAAUAAAUACCAAUAAAUACCAAAUUAGGCAAA